CUUAGACUACCCCCCCACACACCACCACCAACAACAACCCCCCCACCACCACCACCACCCCCGCGAGACAUUGAAAUCGCCGAGAUCCCCCGCGCCGACAUGGCCGAGGCGCCGCCGAUCAGCGGCUUCGUGCGGCUGCCCGGGUGGGGGCCUUUCGGCGCGGCAGGCUGCGAGAAGAUUAUGGGAAUCGGGGCUGCUAAGGAGCGCGACCCCAGUCUGCAUGUCCCUAACAGGUUUUUGUAUCAAGGUGAACCCGAGCCCCCCGCUAGGAGCGGUCACCGCUGCAUCGCAGACAGCGCGAACCUCUACGUGUUCGGGGGCUACAACCCGGACUUUGAUGAGUCGGGUGGGCCUGGAAACGCGGAGUAUCCCCUGUUCCGUGAGCUGUGGCGCUACCACCUGGCGACGGGCACGUGGCACCGCGUGCCCACCGACGGCUACACCCCCAAGGAGCUCGCCUCCAUGUCCGUCGUCCUGCAUGGCAGCAGCCUGCUGACGUUCGGCGGCACGGGCGUGCCGUUUGGCGAGAGCAGCGGCAACGACGUGAACGUGUGCAACCUGCGCUCGCGCUGCUGGACGCGGCUGCCGAGCCGCGGGCGCAAGCCCAGCAAGAUCUACGGGCAGGCCAUGGCCAUCAUCCACGGCGCCCUGUACGUGUUCGGCGGCACCACGGGCUACGUGUACAACACCGACCUGCACCGCCUCGACCUCGGCACGCACGAGUGGGUCAAGCUGGAGCCCUGCAAUGGUCGAGACGAGAUGCCCGGCGAGAGGUACCGGCACGAGAUUGCGCAUGACGACACUAGGAUCUACGUACUGGGGGGGGGCACCUCGUGGAUGGCCUACCCCCUCGACAAGAUCAACGCCUACAAUCUGGAAAACAACAUGUGGGAGGAGAUCAUGACCAAGCCUCAUGAUAAGAUCGGAUUCCCGGCUGCCAGGCGAUGCCACAGUUGCGUGCAGAUCGGCAAAGACGUGUUCAUCUGUGGAGGCUAUGAUGGAGAGAGAAUCUUUGGUGACCUGUGGCGGCUGAAUCUGGGGUCCUUCCAGUGGACGAAGCUGCCCGCGGAGAUGCCUGAGCCGGCGUACUUCCACUGUGCUGCUGUCACGCCGGCUGGCUGCAUGUACGUGCACGGCGGUGUGGUGAGCAUCCAGGAGAACCGGCGUACGCCAUCGCUGUACCGCGCCUGGCUCACGGCGCCCAGCCUGCUGGAGCUCUGCUGGGAGCGGCUGCUCGCCAGUGCUCCCUGCCUCGCCCACGCCUCCCCACGCCACCUGCUGCAGCUCGGACUCAGCUGGCAGCUCAUCGAUCGCCUGCGCGACACGUGAACUCUCCCGCUCGCUCGCUCGCUUGCUCGCCCGCUCGCCCACUUUCCUGGCGAGCGAGCGAGCCAGGAAAGUGGGAGGGCGGGGUGGAGGGGAUGAGAUGGGACGCACACAAACCAGUCUGCAGUGACCCGUGAACAUUCCCACUCACCCAUUUGCUCACCUACUCACUGGGUGAGGAGGCGAGGAGACGGGUGUACAGUGAGGUGAGGAGGGGAGACACGCAAUGGCAGGCUGUGUGACACAUGAUUUUGUCUAUUCGCUCGCCCGCUCAUUCACCCGCUCACCCCACUCAAGUGUCCACUCGCCGGGAUGGAGGGAGCUGGGCAGGAAGUGGGUGGGCGAGUCACGGGGUGGUGGACCCGUGAACUCGCCCACUCGCUCACCCGCCCGGUGAGCAUAGGGGGCGCUACCGUGGGGUGUAGGAUGGUGGGGGGGGGGAGUGUUGUUGUGUGUGCGUUAAGCCAGCUCCACACGUGAGCGAUGAGUUGCUGCAACUCGGUUGGGUCCUGGUGUGCAACGGAACCGCUGACGUGUGGACAUCUCUGCAACUCUGUUUUUCGCAGUAAAGACCGAAUCCAGUAUGUAGCGACGCGUUUAGCCUUGUGCCACACAUUCGCGAGCAGCGAUUGGUCAAUCGGCCAUUAGGAUCCUGAUUGUCUGAAGCCGUUGAAAGUCCUCGUCGCGCAACUUCUCACCCAGACGUGGACAAAGCGGCUUCGGACGCUGAUCGAUCUGUGUCAUUUCCAGAGCAGUUUGGUUGCAUAGCCGAUCGCUCGGGUGUGGAACCAGCUUUACUCAAUAGUGGGGCGAGUGGUGAGCGGAGUAAUUUGGCAGUCGAGGAGCGUUGUCGUCGUCGUUAAAGUGAUGGUUUAGACUUUUUAAAAUUUCUUUUGCACUUUUCGGGAAGGGAGGGAGAGGGUGAAUUGUGACUACGCAUGUAGAUUUGAUUUUAAAACCAAAACAGGCGAUCGAAGAGUGUGGGGGGGGGGGGGGGGGCAGCCAUGGGAGAAGUGGAGGGCUGGGGGGGGGUGGCAGAGACCCCCGCCACAGAGACCGCCAUGCUUCCUAACGCUUCCUGUGCUUCCCUCACACUUCCCGGACGCUCCUUCCCACUGCUCCACCGUCUCCAGCAUGCCUUUUCCACUGCACAACCGAGCCGCACCAGGGCAGGGCCAAGCUGGCCCAGCGUGCGGCUCAGGAGGCGCCAGCGUUGUUUUUCCACUGCAGGAGCCGAGAGCCCCGUGCAGAUGAUGAGGCGACACGUCUUUUGAGUUCUACCAAACGAUGUCACGGCCCUACUUUGCCCCUAGCCAGAUUCGGAUGUCGCUCCCAAGCCAUUUGUCCUGUUAUGGGCGCAUCGCAUCUAAGUUGUUGUGAGCCCGUCGUAGCAUGCUUUGGUUCCGGCUCGGCUCUGCAAAUAGCCGGUGGAAAAACCACCGGUGCUGCGAGGGACCCGUGCUGGCUCGGCUCGGAUGUGCCAGUGGAAAAAUUGGUAAGAGAAGAGCAGGAGGAAGAGGAGGAGGAGUAGUGCAGCUUAGGGUCAGUGUCGUGUUGCAUGGUUUUGAUUUAAUUGAGCUGCGAUUAUAAUUAACGAACUCAUUAUUUAAUGGCUGUGUGAUGUGCGCGUGUACAUAUAUACAUACAGACACAAGGUGUGCGCGUCAAUAGUACAUACCCACCCACACGAGUGUGCGUGUGGCAGCAACGCGGUGAUGGCCUGGGAGCCUGAAGCCUUAGGUUCCAAUCCUUGUUGGGGAGGCUCAGGAUUGACACCAUCGUCACCAUAUAGCAGUUAUCGGCAUCAUCGGUAGCACCAUCAUCAUUGGCGUCAUCUAGCAACUGCCAUCAUAAUCCGUGGCACCGUGGGUAAGCUGGUAUCCGCUUUUAUUCUCAGUCGUUUAGACAUCUGCAACUCUGCGCUCGCUGGUUUUCCCAAAUCUACAAUCGCUCCCUUACAGCCAGGCUGCUUAUGGGAUUUCUCACCUUCCAUGACCCCAAGUCACACCAGCGCUUCAAGAGUUGCUCUGGCUCCCAGUGCACAUCCGGAUAGUUUAUAAACUCUUGCCUACUUAUGCACACGGCUUAGAUAAACACAUUUCCAGCCUUUUCCAAAACUCCAACACACCCAUAGAAAACCUCAUCACGGGGCUGGUCUUGACUCUGCAUACAGCUCUGACUACAACGGCCCACGUGUACAAAACGCAUUUGGGGAGCGCGCCUUUUCGUACCCUGGGCCCCAAGGCUUGGAAUUAACUUACCAGCAAACUGCGUGUAGAUAAUAAGUAUAACCCGUAAAAACAAAGUUUUUCACUCUAAAUCCUUUAUAUGCGUGGCGGCUAGAGUCCUCUCGUCCUCUGGCUUGAGAUGGCUGCCACCUAUGGGUCAGAUGAUUGUCUGCCAGUAUUAAACAAUUGGUAAUUAAAUAUUUAAUUUGUUUUCCCUAAACAGUGUAAAAUUUUGGAUUUUUUUUUCACGAACAUUAAUUGUCUCGCACAACGAGUCUGUGUGCAAAAUGUCAGCUCGAUUGGAUCACGGGAAGUGGGUUAAAAAACGACCGAAAGGUUUGCACGGUCGUAAGCAAGCAAGCACGUAAGCGAACUUAAUAUAAAGGAUUUAAAAAUUAAAAUACGUUUCGGAAAGCGUUUACAAUGUUAUCUUUUCAACCUGGCUUUUAAUUCUUGAGCUCAUAAUUAAUGUGAUGCACUGCUGGUCAAUAUUGUAGUCGGCACAAUGCAAGUAACGUUCGUAUAUGGCAGCGUCAUCACCAUCUGCAGCAUCGCCAUCGGCAGCAUCAUUUCACAAUUGGUAUUAUCAUCGAGCAUCAUCAGCAACACUCUACCUACUCUCUUUGGUUUUUUCGGUAAAGUCACGUAGGUAGAAAAAACCAAAGAGUAUGAAUCCUUGCAGUCACGAAAACUUCAAAUCUAUAAGCAACACUCUUAAUAAUAAUUACAUUUUGAGGCGCAUUAAUCCCAACGCACCAUGUAUGAAAAGCAGGAAAUAAAUAGAACCAGGGAAAACAUCCAGAACUUGGCGGGGAAUUAAGGCCAAUUUAAAGAGGCGAGUUUUCAAGACAUUUAAACCGCUCUAACAACUCUUAAUUCUUGAUUGUCUUAUUACCGAAGGCAAAGCGUUGCCCCACAGUCUGGGAGCUGCACUGGCAAAAAGCCUGGCCACCCCAGGAACAGAGCCUUGACCUCGCAGUCCUUAGAAGAAGGCGAUGAAGAUCUCAGGGACAUCAUUGGGGGUGUAAAUAUGGAUAAGCUCCUGCAAAUGUUGUCGGGCUAAGCCAUUGACAAUUAUCUGGCUCAACCGCCUCCAAUGUAAAAUUAGAGUUGCUGCGCCACACCAACAUUAGCCACGCGAAGAAGAUCGGCGUCGUUAACUUCAUCGUCGUCAUCAUCGGCAUUCUUACCAACAAAAUGAUCAUCGCCACCUGCAGCGUCCGUAUCAUUUCUCCAUCGUCGUCGUCGCCGCUGCCAUCCUUGUCGUCGUCGUCUCCAAAAGAGGACCAGAGAAAUUCUCGGCACCGGGUGAGGCUGUCGCAGGGCUGUCGCAGGGCUGUACCAGAAGGUCGACUGUUAUUGUCGCCGUUUUUUGUCGAUUCGCUCGGAAUCUAUCAGAAUAGACUGGGCCCUGCCAUACUCAUGUGGAAUGAAUCACUGCUGGCUCGGGAACCGGCAGGGUGAGAUGAGCCGCGGCAUACAUCCAUGCGUUCUCUUGAUGUGCGCCAAGAACACACGGGGCCUGUAUUAUGGCUGUUUUUAUCGUGAUGAUGGUGACCUGUAUAUAGGAAUGCACGUCGCAUAGGCAUGGGGGUUUUACUACUGCCUGAGUUCUCGCUGUUGUGCUGCUGUGUUGCUCUCCCCCAUGUGUUUUUAGGUUGUGCUGCUACGUGUUGCUUGGCAUGCUGUCUGACGUUCUGCUCCCGCGUGCCGGGAUCUUCUUUAAGACCUGCACUGAGUUCCAAUUGAAAUGGAGUUCCAAUUCGAUUGUCUAACGCUGCCUCCGAUCUAUUUCUAACACUGGCUCGUAUCGCUAACGAAUCUUAUCUCGAACACUCUUCUAUCCCUAUCACUGCCUUCUAUCUCCAACCCUGACUCAAAUCUCUAACCCUGUCCGCUAUCUCUAACGCUGCCUCCUAUCGCUACCGCAGACUUCUGCUGUUGCGGUUGUGCUGUGUAGUUCUCUGACGUGCGUUCGGGUCGUACCGCGUGUUGUCCUUCAACGAUGUCCGACGAUUUGCUCCGUGCGCUCAGAGCUUCCGAAGUUUCUACGGAAGCUCCCAAACGCCUCGAGCGAAACAUCGGAGAUUGCGACGGACGACACGGUGCGACCCGAGCCGCAACGUUGGAGUGCUGGGCCCCCCCCCCGCGGGCUUUGUGGAAAUCAAUGCGAGUGAUAAUUGUUUUUUUAGCCUUCUAUCUGGCAACAAAACUGACACUUUUUUUACAAGGAGUCAUGUUUGCAUAUACCACAAUACCUGCAGCAGCCAUAAUGCAAACAAAAAACAUGCUUUAUGGCUGCAGGUAUUGUGGUCUAUGCAAACAUGACUCCUUGUAAAAAAAAAGGUGUCAGUUUUGUUACCAGAUAGAAGGGUAAAAAAACAAUUAUCAUUUUUUUUUACUGGCAAAUGAGGUUCCAAUGGUAUCAAUGCGAGUGUCGAGGUGUUCGACCCGUCGAGCCGUGGACAGUCUUCCACGUCCGUCGUUCCUCGUGGCGUUUGGUGGUGGAGGAGGCAACUAUCUGGGUCUCGUCAUUGAGCUGAGGCCUCGCAAAAACACAAUGCUGUGCAGACGUCAGAUAAUCCCGGGCUGAGUUUCGACUUUGCCGACACUCAUCAGCCAAUUGAAGCCUCAUUAUUAUAAUUAGUCUGUAUUUAACCAGAAUCAGUCGCACGCCCAGGUACAAACAUUGAGAGGGUGCGUUAUUUUGGGGAACUGAAAUUGGGCGUUUGUAAAUGGCACGUUCACUCUGUAAAUGAUACGAGAAAUGCAAUCCAGAGGUCGCUGGUUCAAUCUCCUGGCGUGGCAGGUGAAAUAAUGGAGCGAGUUUUUUUCAAUCCACCAACACCGCUGCUGGUCACCCAUCAGCGUUAAUUGGUUCACAGAAGUCGAUCGGUAGGCCACGUGGGGUGGGGCAAAGUGUGACCAUCGUGGAGGAGUAGGCCAAAAACACUCUUGAGAGCGCCAUCCACCAGCAGUAGCGAGAACCAGCCAAUGCAGGGCUGCACCUUCACCCAUCUGUAAAAUAAAAUAUACAUCUGAUCAGGAUACAACCCCUUGAGAUUCACAUCCCAUUGUGAAAACGUGUGCCAUCGGCCCUAAUGCUUGGCAAGAGCUAAGUCUGGUUUGUGUCUCGCGUGUCUGUGUGUGCGUGUUGCUUCUAGUUUUGAAGCUUUCGUGACUGCAAGGAUUCAUAUUAUUGGUUCUUUCGGUAAAGUCACGUAGAAGGGAAAUAAUAAAAUAAUAAAAACAGCGCUUGCGUUGUGGCCGAAACGUGAGAAUUUUAUGAUAUUUUAUUAUUUCCCUUCUACGUGACUUUACCGAAAGAACCAAGAAUAUGAAAGAAAACUAGGUAAAACAAAGUUAAGUCACGUAGGUAAAAAAUAAGUAAAUAAUAAAAGAAAUGAAAUAUUUUAAUAAUAAAUUAAUAGAAAUACAAAUAUUUAUUUUAUUUCUAUUAUUUCUAUUUACUUAUUUUUUCCCUCCGUGAUUUUACCGAAAAAAACCUGAGUAUGUGUUGCUUCUGUUGGGUGCAGUGGUGCAGCAGUUAGCGCACUGCACCGCAAACCCCGUGUCCUCUACUCGAUUCCUCGCCACGGCCGUCAUCGUCGGUGCCGAAUACCUGAACCGGGUGCUUGGCUUCGCUUAGUUUGAGUCUGUGAAUUAACUCGAAACGACUGAAUUCAUCACUGCGCCCCGCCACUCCCCACAAACCUUAAGCGGCAGGUGUUACCUGGUGCGGUGUGUAAGAACAUCGGGCACUCGGGGAGACAAAGGCGGCUUGCUUGCUUACGACCGUGCAAAUCUUUCAGUCGUUUUUUAACCCACUUCCCGUGAUCCAAUCGAGCUGAUACUUUGCACACAGACUCGUUGUGCGAGACAAUGUUCGUGAAAAAUUUUUGUUCCAAAAUAUUACAGUUUUUAGGACAAAAAUAUUAUAUUUAAUUACCAAUUGCUUAAUGGUGCCAUGCAAUCAUUGACCCAUAGGUGGCAGCCAUCUCAAGCCAGAGGACGAGAGGACUCUAGCCGCCACGCAUAUAAAGGAUUUAGAGUGAAAAACUUUGUUUUUACGGGUUAAUUUUGUAUUGAUCACGUGCACUGUACCGACAUAACCCCCCCCCCCCCCUCUUGAAAAUGGUAGAAUUGCAUUGGCGAUUCGCCUUCUGGGUCUCUCAUCAGCAGCGUCCGACUUGUUAAGCAGUCGCGUAAAAAAGGCGAGGGAGGCUCUGGACACGUGGCGAGAAUGAAUGAAGGCAGGCGGAUCCUGGGCCCGGGAGAUUUGACGAAAAUGUGGAAAUGAUACAGGAGGGGAAAGACGGAACCGGAUUCAUACUCUGAGGUUUUUUCGGUAAAGUCACGUAGGAAAAAAAAUAAUACACAUAAAUAAUAAUAAAAUAGAAAAAAAAAUCACGACUUUUCGGAGGCAACACAAGCUUCCGUCUUCAAGUGGAACCGUCACAGCACGAUUGCUGUAUCAAGAGAAGUCCCAAGAGACCCGACCUUGUAUAUAUACUGGUUGAGGGGGGGAUGAGUUGUGCGAUGAUUAGUGCGGCUGCUGGAACUGAGCCUUUGUUAUGCCAGGGCUAUAUCAUCUCGAGGAAGGUGAUCGAGACUGAACAGAGUGGUGUUGCUGGCCCCAUUGUCGCAAUGGAGCUGAUGGAAGGAACAUGAUGGAGAGAGACCCAUAAACUUCAGAGACCCAUUGAUUCACAGACAAUAGAUUACCGUAGAGACUGAUAGCUAGUCACACGGCAAUAGAUUCAUAGAGACAAAACCUGAAUAGACCGAUACUCGCAUAGAGGUCAAUAUAUAGAUUCACAGAGAGACAAAUAAGAUGUCCUUUGUGACCGAUACAUUCACAUAGCAAUAUAUUCACAUAGACAUCCAUAAGGAGUAGGGAAAGACAGAAAAGCAGGUAACAGAUGCAGCCGUAAAAGAUGACUUAAGAAUUGAGACCACAUUAAACAGUCAUCGAAGAGCGUCAUUUGGCCCAAUCGUUGCUAAUUACGGUCAACCUUCAUUGACCCAGGAGAGCCUCGUUGAGACUUUAGAUUGUUUUCAGGAGGGUCCUGCUAAGUUGUGCGGUGGGUGCAAUGUUUUAUCUUCCCAAUUGAGUAAAAUUGACGGAAUUUUUUCAUGUUUGGCAAUCGCGUGGACCGCAACGCUUGCACGCAUGGCCUGCUACUAUUUUUAAACGAGUCGCAGCAUCAACGUUCACUGGAGAGCAAACGGCACGGAGUAUUUUUGGUUGAUUCGCCGCAGUAUUAACCAGGGCGGCCGCGGCUACUCGAACCGCAAAUCUCUGCUCGGCCGUGUCACACCGCCCUUUUACGAUCAUCAUCAUCCAUGCUCUCAAUCCACUGCUGGUUUGCAUGACCCAUCAAUUAAAACAUUGCCCUAGAAUUAGCUUUGUUGGGUUAAACCACGUGGCAACAUCGCCUCUUCCUGGCACAAUGCCCGUCUGUGAGACGCUGCAUCUCCGUGACGGCUUUGCGCCGUAGGAAUGGCCCAAAUUCCAAAUCUGAGUACGUAACAAGGCCAUGCUGAGGUGGCCUGUUCCAUUGCGUUGAAAGCUGUACACACUACGCUUGGGCCCGCAUUCUUAGUCACGGCUCUGGCUCAAGUGGUUUAAGCUGCGCUCAAUGUUUACAUGAACGCAGCCGAGCCACGGAUGAGCCCGCUUGCUGCUGCAUCUUUUGAAGCAACUCAGCGGCUCAAGCCUGAGCCGAGUUUGUGACUCGGAAUGCGGCGCUGAGACAGCGCAUGCUUGGGUGAUGAUGCUGCUGCUGAUGAUGAUGACAAUGGUGGUCAUGGUGAUGACGAUUUUCUGAUGGUUAUUUUUAUUGUUGCUGCGUGUGGGUUCUUGUUUACAAAAUGUGUGCAAUGGUCAUAACCGAUGACCUUGCCCUGGUCCUGGUAUCCAACUCGGCCCCCGUGGCUCCCAGGACCCCCUCUGCCUUCCUCCUCCCCGCGCACUCGUGUCGUGGAGAACGAUGUAAAUGCACGCCACUGUGGGGUUUUUUUUUCUCCUGAAAUGAAAAAAAAGAGUUUUACGUAA